AGUCUGCAGCCAUGGAGACACGCAGGGAUCAUUUCCCCUCACUUUGGCAUCUAAACGGCACACAUGUCAACAUUUGUAAAGAACAUGGUCACAGAACGUGCAGCAUGCUGCAUCUGCAACAGCGCUUGCAGGAGCUAAAGUGCAGAGAGUGCGUGGCCCGCCACAACAACAAAGAGCUGCUACAGCAGUUUGACAAAGCUCAGGACACUCUGAGAGAGAUGGUGGCUGCCACUGCUGCCAUGAAAACUGUGCGGCUGGAGUACGAGCAUCACUUGGAGGCCAGUGCUCCUUGUUGGCAGCAACAGAAGGAGGACACACAAGGUCAUCACACCACGGCACAACAGAAGCAUCUUCUCGCUGAGUCGGCACACCGUCCCGUACUCCCUGCAUUUCUUCAACAUGCCAUUGCCCCUGUGUCGCACCCCCAGUGUGGGCCCGGGCUAAAUGCAACAAGGUGGGCCUCUAAUCCAGAUAAUGGGCCCUGGUCCUCAGUCGGGAUGCCCUCAGGCUCUGAUGGUCACCUGUGCAUGGAGGACUCCCCAGCACACCAUGCUGGAACAUGCAGCUCUAGCAGUCAUUCAUCCCAGGAGCUGGAUGCUCCCUCAGUGCGUUCAGCCAGUGAGCAUGCAGAACAUGUCGGCAGCACAGUAUCAAGACCAGCGAGGACAAAGAAGAAAGGAAGCACCUUCGCAGAGAACAGAUGCAGCUCUCAGGGGUCAUCCAGGAGGUCCUCAGCUGCAGUGUCUGGAGGACAAUCUUCAUCGCGCAAAGGCAGCACCGAUACAAUCAGAAGAAAUGUCCUGGGACUUGCGCUUGGAUCUCCAAAGAUGAAGAACAAGGGAAAUGACCAAAAGAGUCCGACAAGUUCUUCUCUCAGGAAAUCUCCGGGUGAGGAUGCAGGGAGUGGGAGUCCUUUCAACCAAUCAGAAAGCAGAGAGCAUCCAGAGUGGGGCAGUGGAAGCAACAAGGCUGUGGGAAGCAAGGACCGCGAAGAAGAACUGGACAGUGGUGAGGAUGAAGAGACGUCACAAGGGGAUGAGAGCGAGGAGGAUGGUGAGGACCUUUCAGACGAGGUCAACGAGAAGGAUCCAGUUUCUUUGCAGGAAGAGGAAGACAACGUAGACGAUACUGAUGAAGAGGAGGAGAGGGAGGACGACGUAGACGAGACUGAUGAAGAGGAGGAGCAGAGGGAGGACGAUGUAGAAGAGACUGAUGAAGAGGAGAGGGAGGACGAGGUAGAAGAGACUGAUGAAGAAGAGAGAGAGGACAAUGUAGAAGAGACUGAAGAGCCAACAAGUGAAGAGGAGAGCGACUCAGAUGACAGCAUCAUCGCACCUUUGCAGAAAAGAGCUGAGAUCCCCCAAGAAGCUUCUGAUGGCAGGGAGGAGAGCACAAGGAGGUCUGAUGAAGAUUCCUCUGAUGUUUUUGACGACAAGAUAGAAAACCUCCUUGCUCCUCAGACACAGAAAAUCCAAGAAAAGGACGAAAAAGCAGAAGAGGAACACAAAGAAACUUGCAAUGUGAAGAUUUCCCCAGCAGAAACACACCGGCUGAGUGACUCUGAUGACUUUGACCAGUUUUAUGACUGACCUACCUCCGAGGAGAAGCAGAAGAGAUGAUGACAGCAGUAGCAGUGGUCAAGGUCAUGUACAGCAAGAGAUGAUGGCAUCAGAAGCAGUGGUCAAGGUCAUAUCCAGCAAGAGAUGAUGACAUUAGAAGCAGUGGUCAAAGUCAUGUCCGGCAAGAGAUGAUGACAUUAGAAGCAGUGGUCAAGGUCAUGUCCAGCAAGAGAUGAUGACAUUAGAAGCAGUGGUCAAGGUCAUGUCCAGCAAGAGAUGUGCUUCUCCAACAAAUACAGCCUUGAAGACAGCAAAACCUCAAACCCACAAAUGAUACUGUAUAGUACAUUAUACUGUAUAGUACAUUAUACUGCUAUAUAUAUAUAGUAUGGCCUUCAAAGCAGUGCUUUUAACACAACUUGCUUUGAAAAGUCAUUUAUGAUGCCAUGAAUGUAGAAGAAGAAUAAGCUAUUUCAUCAAAGUACAUCAUUGCCAUCCAUACAACAAAAUUGGGCAUGUAAAAAAGUGCCAAGUAAAAGGUUAGUAAGCACUUCUUUCAUCCGUUAAAAGAAAGCAAAGAAACGUUCUUACUCACUGGAUUAAAGUCCACACGGUCCUCUGAAUUGUGU